CCCACCCAUCCCCACUCCUCCCCUCAUCAAUACUUCAAAGUAAGUUUCAUCAGACUCGGACAUCAUCAUCGUCGCAUUCGCACAUUCCUUCCGCCUUCUGCUCUCGUUGCGGCUGUCAGAGGCUGGCAGCCCGCAGACGUAGUGAGAGAUUGGAAAGAGGCCAGGUCGGAUGGAGAGAGGGAGACUCGUGUCAGUGAAACUGCAGCUGGGGAGGGACCACCUUCUCCUUCACAUUGAAAGCACCGCAUCUUGAAAAGUUCAUCUCUGGCUACACAAAGGUCUUGGGGGAUUGCGAUAUGCUAGCAAAUUGUGAAAGGGAAGGUGCAAGGCGGACCCUCCGAGGUGGCUAGCAGUGAUAUUCACAUCUCGUAUGAUUGAGGAGCUGGUCAAGCUAUUGCUCUCCGUCCUGGAUUGUUGGAUUGGACACAUAUCGGCACGCCUUUAGCGAGAGACAAAGAGACUGACUAGACUUUCGCUUCCCUUCUCGCCUUCCUGUAGAUGGCACCUAAGAUCGACCCCAACGAGGUGAAGAUCAUCUACCUCCGAGCCGUCGGUGGUGAGGUUGGUGCUUCCUCGGCACUUGCCCCCAAGAUUGGUCCUCUCGGUCUCUCUCCCAAGAAGGUCGGAGAAGACAUUGCCAAGGCUUCGGGUGACUGGAAGGGUCUGCGUGUGACUGUCCAGCUCACUGUCCAGAACCGACAGGCUGCCGUCGCUAUCGUGCCCUCUGCCUCUGCCCUGGUCAUCAAGGCCCUCAAGGAGCCUCCUCGUGACCGCAAGAAGCAGAAGAACAUUGCCCACAGCGGAAACAUCCCCUUCGACGAGAUCAUCGAGAUCGGCAGGAAGAUGCGCCACAAGUCGUUUGCCAAGAACCUCGCCGGAACUGUCAAGGAGAUCCUGGGUACCGCUCAGUCCGUCGGCUGCACCGUCGAUGGCCAGCCGCCGCACGACAUCAUCGAGGGCAUCGACUCUGGAGAGGUCGAGGUGCCAGAUGAAUAGUGGUAUCGCGAGUAGUCUGAAUUCAAACAACUGCCGCGCCUCUGCUUUCACUCUCUCUCACCCUAUCCGUGUAGAUCUAGCCUAGCUCUUCUUUCUCAUCUCUCUUUUUUCCGAUCGUCUGUCACAUUACCACAAAACACAGUUCAUCAGCACAACUCUGGAGAGUGAGGUUACGAGUGGUCAUCAGUAACAGAAAGGGGGUAUCAUUGGCAAGAGUAGAGUAGUACAGAUAGGGAGGCAGGUACGCUGCCGAGACCUUCUGGCAGAUGUGGACUUGGAUCCAAUGGCAGAGUAGCAGAGGUCUUGUCGAGUAUGUGUCUGUCU